AUGGUUUCAUCGAAAGAUGUAAAAAUGACACGUGGUGGAAAAGCAAAUAGUUUUAAACCAAAUGUCAAAACUAGAAUGGAAUCUACCCAAGAUCAGGAUGAGAUUAUGACUGAAAAUCCCAAAGCAGUGGAGAACACUGCUAUUGAAGCUCCUGUGGACCAAGUUUUGGAAACCACUUCUCUAGAAAAUGGUGUUCCACCAAAGCAAAAUGAUGAUCUUGUUAGUAUGAGAAUCUACAUUUACUUUGUUGCCAAAGUUAAUCCAGAUGGACCCUUGAGAGAAAGGCCUUCACUUUAUGUCAAUGACAAUAGAGUUGAAAGUUCAUUUCAAGAUAGUGCUUUGUUUGCAAUCGUCAGAGCUCCAACUAAGAAGGAGUUUAAAUUUUUAAUCAAGGUCGGUGAUGUUCCAGAGAAAUAUGUAACGGCCUAUUACAGAACAAUCCUUGCCGAUCAUGCUCAUGACAACAUGUUAUAUUUAGGAGCAUGCAAUCAAACCUUUGAUGGAAGGAUUUAUCAUGAUACUGCCCCUAUAAAUUCAAUUGCACCCUACGUCGACAUAGUCAAAUUCCUUGCAAAUAAUUUAAGUUUUUCAAGAUUUGAAGAUGAGACCACCAAACUUUUUGACAAACUCCGAACUUUUAGGAAUUCUGGACGUCAUGAGAUGAAUACAAGAACAACUAUUGAACUUCUGGAAUUAGAUAGUGGUGUUCCUCAAGAAAACAUAUUGCCCAUAGUAAUCAUUCUUUUUAAAUUGGAAAAAGAUCGUUAUCAAAGUCUCUUCAAAAUUGAUCAUUUGGAAGUUGGAAUCGAUCUUAUCAAAAAAGCAUUUCCAGUUUUCAAAUCCAAUCCCGGAUUAAUCGAUUUGGCUAAAAAGUACAACCUUGUAACCAAAAAAAGUAAGACAAUAUGGAGAUUCUUCAACCUUGUUUCUGCUUUUGUUUAUUCUUUCAACAAACAAAGCACUAUGGAUGCAAUUGUCAACUAUCGGUCGUCUUUAAAUGGACAGUUUUCAAAAGAUGAAUCAGAAUUCAUCAAUGGUAUCCAAGAUUGGAGUCAAUAUAGUUCGCUCGACCCGUCAAUGUUUAUCAAUACUAUUGCAAUGGCCAUAUCAAUGUCUCAACAAGAAAUUCUCCCACUUUUCUUCACAGAAAAAGCAGUCUCUUAUAAGGAUUGCCUAAUGUCAAUGAAGAAAGAUGAAUACUUGCAAGAAUGGAAAUUUUGUUUGGAAACUUGUCCAGAUGUUAAGGAUGAUAAUAUCCCAUUCACUUUUCAUUCUGUGAAAUUCAAAGAAGCUGAAAGACAAUGA